AUGCUUUCAAGUCAGAAAGUGAGAAGCCACCUGAGCACCGCCCCGGACGCCGGCCUUCCCCGCACCAAGGCUGACUUCCCGCCCUGCCAUCCCCUCGCCCAUUUGGGCUCGGAGGGUCGGGGUCGCGUUUCCGCGUGUCCUCUGCUGCACUGGCUGUUAUCAGCGUUUUCCUGCCUCACCCCGACCAGCCCCAGCCGCGCGGAAUGGAAAGGGGGUGGCGGGAGGAGACCGAGGAGGCGGCGGCGCAGCGGCCGCGGCACAUCUGCUUUCAUAGCAGCCGGCAGAGCCGCCGUCGCGGCCCAGAGCCCCUCGUUAACCCCCUUCCUGUGGCUGCACCACGUCAUGGAACAUUCCCGGAACGGGCCAACGUUCCACCCACUCCAGGGAGCGGACAGAAGGGCGCAGAGCCCGCUCCCGCCGCGCGCGGCCCGCACCCCGUCCCUCCCCAGCCCGGCGCCCGGCCCGAGCACGGUCCCCGGGCCCGCGGCCCUCUGCGGCCGCCCCAGCCGGGCCAGCGCCUCCGCCCGGCCGCCGCGCGCGCAGUCCCUCCUUCCCGGCUUCCUGCCUCCCGGCUUCCUGCGGCUGCUCGCCCGGGCGCGCAGGGCAGUUCCCGGCAGGCGGCGGCCGGGGAUCCCUGCGGCCCUGCGGCCCUGCGGCCCUGCGCCCCCGACCCCCUCCCCGGCCCGGCCCGGUACCUGGCAGCGGCCGCGGGCGCUGAGCGCCGGAGCGCGUCCCUCCCAGGAGGCCCGCGCAUUCCAUCCCGGCGGCCCGCGCCCCCCCACCCGGACAUUACGACAGCAGCCGCCUCCUCUGCAGAGCCGCCGGGGUAUUCCCCGCAGCUGCCCGCGCGCAGCCCCCCGCAGCCCCCACCAAAGGGCCGCGGAGGGCGUGGGGGAGGGGCGGGCAGGCCGAGGGCACGAGCCGCCGGUGUCCCGGGGGGCGGAGCGCCUGGCGCCGGGAAGGCCACUCACCCCAGCCCGCCGGCCCCCGCCCGGACUGUCCCCAACGCCCCGCAGGAGAGACAUGCGGGAACAGCGGUCCCCGGGCCGAGGGCCCUCCGGCUGCGCCGGCCGGGGCUUCUCCGCGUCCGAGAGCCAACUUGCAGAUGCUCGCGCCCCAGCGCCAGCGAUAGGCGCCGACGUUCAGGGGGACGCGGCGCACCCUCUCCACCCCCACCUCCUCCGGGCCCGAGCCCCGCGGCUGUCAGCGCCCGCCGCGCCAGGGACCGGGGCUAGGGGCGGGCAGGGACCCUCGCCCAGCGGCGCGGCUCACCUGGAAAGUCUCGGCUGGGAACGAGGAGGCCGAGCAGGAGGAGAGAGAGGCGCCGGCGAGCGCCCGGGCGCCCUGGUCCCCGCGGCGGCUGCCGCUCCUCGCCGAGGCCGAGCGCGUCUGAAGGGGGGUGUCUGCGAGCAUUUCCUUAAGGACGGGGGAGGGCGGAGGGAGGGCAGGGAUCCCGGGCGCCGGCGGGGCCUGGGCGCACUGUGCGCCUGCCUGACACAGCGCGGGGCCGCAGCCGGGAAGGGCCGCCGGGCUCGGGCAGCCGCGCGGCCGCCUCCCGCCCGUUCUGGGGACGGACGGGCUGUUCCUGGCAGCGCCGCCCCGAACAGAAGUUACGAGGAGGAGCGCGCGGCGAGGGGGGGAGCAAGGCGGGAGGGAGGUGAACCAGAAAAACCAGUCUGGAGCCCGCCGGAGGGCGGGAGCGCUGCGCGGCAAGGGGGGCGGAGGCAGCGGGGAGGCAGGGUCCAGGGGCGGGAGGCCGAGUGGGGAUCCCGGAGCGACGCGGUGGCUUAUCGUGCGGACUUGGCGACUCUGGGAGCCGAGAGCUUCCCGCCAGGACGCGGAACUGCCCUGAGACCCCCCAACCCCCAUCCCACCCAGCCGGUCCUGCCUUCAGGACAAGUGGGGCUAGGUGCUCAGCAGCGCUGUCACCACGACGGCGUGUGCGCUCGGGUCCCCUCCUCCGCGCCCCGCCUCCCCUCUCGGCCGGGUUGUGCGUCCAGACCGCGCGGCCCCUCCAGCGCCCGGACACUUCCCAGGGGUCCUCGGCAGGUUCACUCCGGGGCGCGCCUUGGCCGGGAGGUCCCCGAGGUGCAGACGGCGCGCAGGGGGCACCGCGAACUCCAGCUCGUGCGUCCCCGUCCCCAGAGGGGAGGGAAUACGGUCCCACCCCGGUCGGGAGCGCGGGGACGGGAAAGCCCGCGCGGAGGGGCCGGGCACUGGGCUUCCUUCUCCGCGGCGGGGACACCGGGAGCGCCGGGCUCCCUCCCACCGCGACUCUCCGGCGGGGACGCGCGUGCACCCUCGGGGGGCGGCGGUCCCCGGGCCGCCCCGGGUGGUCUCCGGCCCCGGGGCCGCGCCCCUGGCAGCAGCGCCCUCCCCCCUGCCGCCGGCUCAGGGCGGAGCCACCGCCAGACGCGCGGAUUUGACCUGGCUUGA